AUGUCGACCCCGCCAGGGAAGGAGAGGGUAUCCCCCAGGGUAUCGCCCAGAACUUCGCCGAAAGGCUCGCCUUCAAAUACAACAGACCAGCCAGAGGCUGGAACAAUAGGGGGUAGUCAGCAGCAGCAUUAUAUUGCCGCAGACUCGGCGGAUUCGAGUACUGAAGAUGAUUUUUGGGAUUCUGAUAAUGGAAGAUACGACCUCGCUGAGGGAGCAGAUAUACGCACAGAUGCCAAUUCCGCCGGAAAAUCGGACUACCAGUUCCCCGUCGAUGAGAUGGAACAGGACCGGCUAGACUUAAUGCACCACAUCUUCAAGCUAUUGCUACAUGGGGACCUUUACAUCUCGCCGAUCGGACCCAACCCACAACGCAUCCUCGAUAUUGGCACAGGCACGGGAAUCUGGGCUAUUGAAAUUGCAGAUCGUUUCCCAUCCGCUUCUGUAGUCGGCACGGAUCUCGCCCCAAUCCAACCUACCUGGGUCCCUCCAAACCUUGAAUUUCAAAUUGAUGACUGUGAAGGCGAUUGGACAUUCCCCAAGGACUCCUUCGAUUUCAUCCACAUCCGAUACCUUCGGGCUGCCAUAUCCGACUGGCCGCGAUUGUACAAACAAGCCUAUGACGCAUUAAGGCCUGGUGGAUACUUCGAAUUCCAAGAUCCUGAUCUCGUCUUCCUCACAGACGACGGCUCAAUGCCAGAAGAUGCUUCGCUGAGUCAAUAUAUCAACCACUUCCAUGCAGCAUGCGAGAAGAAUGGAAAACAUACUAGAGGACAACCACAGAGUGUAAAGGAUGAGCUACGAAAACUAGGAUUCACGGAUAUUGUCGAAGAUGUCAGGAAGUGUCCGCAAAACCCUUGGCCGAGGAAGGACGAGCAUUUGAAGGCAUUGGGGAGAUAUAGUUUGUUGAACCUCCUAGACGGACUUGAAGGGUUUGCGAUGAAGCUUUUCACAGGGAUAUUAAAGUGGAGAAAAGAGGAGGUUGAUAUUUUUGUUGCGAAGCUGAAGCAGGAGAGUUGCAAUAAGAACUACCAUAUGUAUUUCAACUACUACUACGUUUCUGGACGGAAGCCAUUUGAGGACGAAGAUUUAUAA